AUGACCUGGAGUGAGGCUGAAGCAGCGUGCAAAUCAAUUUCAGAUUUUGCUUCACUUGUUAAAAUUACGGGCCAGAAUGAGCAAGACUUCGUAACACGACGAAUCCAAGAUUUUUCUAGUAACGCAGACGUCUGGAUAGGUCUUAGUGAUCUCAAAAACGAAGGCGUAUUUAAAUGGUCUGAUGACGGGUUUGAUCUAACCAACACAGAUUACCAACUUUGGGCGAAUGGUAAACCAUCUGAAAAUAAAGAAAACAGUGACUGUGUGAUGAUAUUGUGGGUGAGGCAAGAUGGCGCAUGGACCGUUCAAGAUUGUUCGUUAAAACAAAACUUUAUUUGCACGAGAAACCGAGGUAAACAAAUACUAAACUUUUUUAAUCUUGACGAAUUAGGGUUGUGCGCACUGUCAAUGUAAGAGUACAUAGAUACCCGAGUAGCUACUCAUUAAGGCCUUGUAAUAGGAUUAUUGAAUCAUCAAAAUGUCUGUAUCCGUGGGGCAAUGAACCAAUGACUAGGUUGUCGUUCUUACAGAGUAUUCCCGUGCAUGAGUCAUCGCGUAACCUAUUUUUUCAGAGUAA